AUGGCUCCCGACGCGGCGCCGCACUGUCCCCAGGGCUACUACCGAAGCUCCCCACUCAUCUUCGCGUGUGAUGGCGGCCGAGCCGAAGUGGAGAUCUAUCACCUGCCAGGUCAGACCUCGAUGGUGGAACUUCCCAGAGGCUUGGAAGACUUCUCCCUCCACGUGGUCACCUCAAACGCCUUGACGAGCACUGAGUUGAUGAAGCUCUACGACCCCGAGCUCAACAAGUUCUUGGUGAGCCAUCGUGAUGGUUCGGUGAACGAUGAGGAGACGGAGGGCCACUUGGGCAACCUCACGCUGGUCUACAGUGGUGAGAUGCCCAUGGAAUGGCUUGAGGUCUGGCGUCGUUCCUUGCGCAACACCUUCCGUGCUUUGAGCGACUGGGGUGAUGAACUGGAGAGACGUCAUGGAGCUUCGAUCACCUCGGCCCGGCAGGCGGUGGAGCAGCACCGAAGUCUCAUCUCACAGGCCUCGCGCAUUGGAGGUGAAUUGAGCUCCGCCGCUGUGAAGUUGGUGGAAGAAGCCACCGGGCGAGGCGAGGGCGACGAGCCGGCCGAGGCCUACUUCGAGGCGAGUGCACACGCGCACGCGGCAUCUGCCGCGUCUGGUCGAGGUGGUCACGCAUCCGAGGGCCAGGAGGACGUUUCGCCAGAAAGUAGUGAUCUUUGGGAAGAGGUGAGCGCUGCCCAAGCUGAGUUGCAAUGCCACCAUGAGCUGCGCAAGGGUCGCAAGGCCGCUCUGGUCGCGCAGGACGAGCAGCUGCGGCAGCUGCGCUCCGAGGUCGUGGCCCUGCGCGGGCAGAUCCAGGAGGCUGUCGAGCGGCGCGACGCCACGCGCGCGAGAGCCGAGGCAGCCGAGCGGGGCUUGGAAGUGCUUCAGGAGGCACAGCAUGAGCUGCAGAAGCUGCGGAAUGAGCACGCUGCGGAGCUGCGACAGCUCCAAGUGGCCGCGCAGCAGGCGCUCCAGUCGGAGCGCGCCUGGCGUGCGCGUGCGGCUGAGGGCUCUUGGGCACGGGAGGGGCCUGAAAUCGAGGCCUUGAAGGCUGCAAAAGUGGAGCUGGCGGAGCUGCUGGCUGAAGCUGAUGAGGUGCGCUUAGCUUCCAAGCAGGCCAGUGCACAGCUGACGCAUCAAUUGGAAGGGGCUCAGGCCGAACAUGCACGCCUAGGCGGUACAAGAGCCACGCCGGUGGCGCAGGUCAAAGGCCGCCUUCCGACCCAACUCUUGCUGCUGCUGCGGUGUCAUUCGGGCUCCCCGGGCUAUAGCGAGACAAAGCUCCGCUACAGCUACACCGGGGCAGCUCCCUGCGCUUCGCCCGCCCCGCAGGGCUGCGCCGGACUGAACACCUCGGAAGCGCUUGAGGCGCUGGACGCCUGGCGCGCUUGGGCCCAUGCACGCUACGGCACAGAUGAGAACUCAUCCCAAAGAGCCUGGACCGAGUUGGUGGCGCCACUGGCCAAGCAAGGGCUCUUGCCCUGGAGCCGCUUCGAAGCCUUUUGGGGGCAUAUGCCGGAGGCGCCACGUUGGCAGCCAGCAGCUCAUCUUCUCGACCAUAACCGCGACCACUGCCUGAGCCGCCGUGAGUUUGACCACGCUUUUGGCGGGCACACACGGCUGCCGCGCGUGCGGGGCGUGCGCGUGGGGGGCUGGGAAGAGAUGCAACUCUUGACCGCUGCAUGGGUGACACUCACCUUGUGUGCCUGUUGGCUGGUGAUUUGCCGGCUGCAGAUCUCAAGAGGCCGUGAGCCUGCCUAUGCCCCAGUGCCCUCAGUGGAAGACCUCCCUCCAAACCCACCGGAGAAAGUGGAGCUCCCAGAGAAAGCCGCCGAGCGAUGGAUCGCCGCUGGAGAGUUGCCACCUGCACCGGAUCACACGCAUUUGCUGGAUCACCCGGCACCACCGCCGCGGAAGCGUUGGCUGAACGAGCAUCCGCCAGGGACCUUUGGCAGUUUGUUGGCGCAGAGCCGAGAAAAGGGUGAUCAGAAGUAG